AGGCAUGGCUCCUCCCUCUAAUCGAAUGUGUCGUGGUGGUCAACGGAAAUAAAUUGCAAUACUUGAGAAAGGAUUACUUCAGAGUUUGAUCAGAACAUCGAACAGAAUGGUUGGAAUAAUCACGUGCCUUUUAUUGGGGGUCGUAAUCACUUUACUUUUUUUAUUAUACAAAUUUCAGACGAAACACUAUGGAUUUUUUGGUGAACAAAAUUUGAGCUAUAUACCGCCUUCUUUUCCUUUUGGCUCGUUUACGUUAUCCCAGAUGGAUAUUAUAGAAACUGAGCAAAGAUGCUACAAAGAAUUGGGAAGGAUAUACGGGAGAUUCGACGGUUGUCAACCUGUGUUAACGAUAGGAGAACGUGACUUAAUAGACCGGAUCAUGUUCACAGAUUUCAACAAAUUCCCCAACAGAAGAGACAUGAGAGUGGGUGAUCCCGUUUUUGACAAUACUCUCUUCUCAUUGGAAGGACACGAUUGGAAGAGAGUGAGGAAUAUCGUCAAAACAUGUUUUACUCCUUCAAAUCUCAAGAUGAUGACCACUCUGCUUCAGGAAUGUUGCGAUAAAAUGGUGGCGAAAAUGACCCUAAGUGCUCAAAAAGGCGAAGUUAUUAAUUGUCAAGAGCACUUCUCAAUUUUUGUACUGCAUACCAUAGGAAAAUGCGCUUUUGGAGUGAAGAUUACUGACAACGACCCAUUCGUAGAGCAUUCCAACAAAUUGUUCAACAACAGCUUCAAGACUAUCAUUAUAAUGGUGGCCCCGUACCUGAUGAAAUAUUUCAAAAUCCCAAUCUUGAAUAAUGAGACGAUAGAGUUUUAUAACAAUGUAAUGUCAAAAGUGGUCGAAGAACGUAAAAAGAUGAAAAAGGAGAAAUUCAAUGAUUUUUUGCAGAGGAUGCUGGAACACGAGGAACAGCCACAGGAUUCCAAUAACAAUUCCCAAGAUGGUCUCAGCCACGUCGAAAUGUUGUCACAGUGUGUGUCUUUUUUCUUGGCUGGUUACGAAGCAACCACAGCUUUACUUUCACAUUGUGUUUACAGACUGGCCAUGAAUCAAGAAUGCCAGAAGAAAGCUUUAGAAGAAAUUGAACGAGUGCUCCCACAAUGCAGACCAGAGGAAAUGUCAAACUGUUUGGGUAAACUUAAAUACUUAGAAGCUGUGAUGAAGGAAUGUUCAAGAAUAUGUCCACCCAUGGCCAGAAUAGAAAGGCGUGCUGCCGAAGACUAUUAUUUUCCCGAAGCAGCUAUUCACUUGAAAGAAGGAUUUCUUGUGAGCAUUCCAAUUUUCGCCAUACAUCAUGAUCCAGAAUAUUAUCCUGAUCCAGAAGUUUUUAAUCCUGACAGAUUUUUCUAUGGAGAAAGGAAUGCAUUCAAGAAUAUUUUCUUUCCUUUCGGAUCGGGUGGAAGAGAGUGUGUGGGAAAGAACUUUGUACUCAUGCAGGUCAAGAUGUGCCUCCUCAACUUGUUGCUCAACUUUACGAUUUUACCUGCUUCCACAACACCGGAACACCUUGAAAUUCUUGAAGUGCGAAACGUGAUGAAAGUAGGAGAUGUCGAUGUUAUUUUGCAAAGAAGGACUUGUUGAAUAGUGUUGUUGAACAUUGGAUGAAAUGUGCCAAAACUUUCAGGGAAGGAGGUUCAUUAAAAAAAACCUUUCCGUAUCUCUAGUCAUAAUGUGGAUGAGUGCUCAAUAUUUAAGUGUUUCUAACUCAAGGUGCUUUAUUGUUGUGUUUCAUUAAUUUGUUGUUAUUCAUUGAAUGAAAUCAACUCAUUGUUGUUAGCCCUUUAUAUUUAUUUAACUCAUACUUUCCAACCUUCAUUUGUUUCAUUCAUUGUUUUUAACCUUUAAGAGAGGGUAUUUCACCUUCUUUGGUAUUUUAGAGAUGUUGUUUUUAUUUUGAUACUUUGAAAACAUUUUUCUUAACCAUUUAAACUUUAAAAAAUUUUUUAUUUCAUAAACGUCGUUAAGCAACCGACCCAAUUGUUCAGGCUUACGACUACUAAUGUUUAAUUCCGUAGCCUUGUUAAAAGAGAACUCCUUUAUCUAGUAUUUGGAGAAAUUUGCCUUCGUGGAGGACAUUUCGAUCCAACUAAUCCGUAUUUAUUUCGCAUGGGGAGGAAAACCACGAAAACCUUCCACGGUUAUUCUGACAGAAAGACUCUGACCCAUGAUCCAUCUUCCACUGAGGACAUUUCACGCUGCAUGGUAACUUGUUGCAGGCAUUUUAAGUGCCCAAAAAUAUCAAGAUUUUUUCUUUCACGUCUUACGUUAAUUUCCACGUAGAUGAGAAACAACAUGUUAGCACAUUUUCCGAUAAUGGCUUAUAAAUAUUUAUACUAAAUCUUCCGAACUGUUUCAACAUUUUACAUGUUGUAUAGAAUUAAAAUAUAUAUAUAUAUUUGCUUGCAUUCCAACUAACUUUAUAGUUUAAAUCAAAUGAUUAAAAAAAUAUCAAG